CCUAACCCUAAAAGCACGACGGCGACGCGAACGAGGCCGAGUGUUUACAAGGGCAAUGGCGUCCAUCAGCACCAGAGAGAAGCUUUUGUCCCUCAUUGAUGACACGGAAUUGAUAUCGAAGGAACUUUUAGAAAACAGCAUUGCUCCCAAAGCACAGAGGCUGUCUUCCCAUGAUCAGGCCCAGCUUAUCGAACUCCUAAUCCACAAAGACACAGAACUGAAGGAAACUAUAAAGUUGGCCAGUGACCAAGCGAGGAUUGCAGAAAUCAUGGAGACAGUACAGGCAGAAGUGGACAGGCACGACCAGAUGAUUUUGCAGCUAGAAAAGCAAUUACAUGAUGCCCAUCACACCUUAUCUGUGGCAUUGUACCAGGCAAGACAGAAACUACAAAGCAUUGCAAGAGCCAACAAAAGACCUGUCAACAGUGAGGAACUUAUAAAAUACGCACACAGAAUCUCUUCCACGUACGCCGUCUCUGCACCAGACAAUUGGCAGCAGGGUGAUCCUAGAAGACCAUACCCCACAGACUUGGAAAUGCGUGCCGGUUACUUAGGUCAGAACGGGCAGCUCCUCCAUACCCAGUCCCACCUUUCUGACCCGAUGACAAGAGGCCACCACACCGGUAAGUACGAGCCAACGUCAGCAGGCAUCGGAGGAACUUUCAGCUGGCAGCCUUCAGGAGACUUGCAGGUUCACGUGGGAAGCCAUACAGCAGUGGUGGAAAAGAAAGAGCAGGAGGACGUUGAGGUUAUGAGCUCAGAUUCCUCCUCCUCUUCUUCGUCCGAUUCUCAGUGACAACACCAGUCUGGAUGCCAGAUUACCUGAUAUCCAUAUUCAGGACCAUUCCAAAGAUAUCAAGUGUGUUUUGUAUCAUCGUGCAAGGGUGCGACAUGAAGUGCCCCUUGGCCUCAGGAAAAUAAUUUCAGGCCCAAGCCAACAUUGCUCUUCAUUAGAGAAAGAGAACUUUGUGGAGUAUUUGCUAAGUUUGUAAAUAAGACUUUUGUCAUGAUCCAGUCUUCAAAUGUACAU